CCUUAAUCUUCAAAGAGCGAGGAUAUUGUGUAUCGCUCAACAUUGUUCUCCUCAAAUAUUAAAAUAAAUUCAAUUUUCGAUGUCGCAUCAUCUGCACUGCUCUUGCAAACUGUCCCCGCCACAACAUGGAAAUAAACCAAUAUCCGCUAUGUGUGCACCAGAUGUCAGCACUGUCCCUUCAACGUGCGUCCUAUGCGUACACACGAAGGGGUUUCUCCCCGCUUCGCGUUUUCGUAACGCGUCUGCUCCCCCGGUGUGUACCGAGCUAAAAGAAGGAGACUGGCGGAGAGCUAGCCAAAUGAGCCAGUUGGGGGGAGGCUAACGAGUGGCUCGGACGGUCUGUCGGAAGGAAACUCCUCUUUUUGGUCUCUUUAGUAUUUAAUAUAUUGCGGUAUUGAUAUUUGAUAGAUAUCCAUCAAAAUCUGACAACAGAUGUUUUAAUCUGAGCACGUUUCCUUUGUUUUGGCAUUAAUCUUGCGAUUAUAAGACAAAUUUUUAUUGGUCAAUUGUAAAGUUUAUGACCUGUCCGUCAAAUUUGUUAUGGCUCGGGAUAUAUGAUUGGGCAAGAUAUCACCAUCAUCUGUAGAGUGUUGAAGCUUUUGUUCCCUACUUAAGAAAGGAAACAUAGCAGAAGUUCUGACCUCCUCUGGAACGAAGACAACAUGCGCUUGUUUGCAGUUACAGUGUUUCUGUCGCUUUUAGGCGCAUUGGUCUGCUCCGAGAGCGAAUUCGAGGAUGAAUCACUGCAAAAUACCGGUGAAUGUCCUCCAAUGACGCGGUAUACACGCUGUUCGAUACCAGUCACCCAUCAGUGCACGGUGGAUGUAGACUGCGACAAGAACGAGGAAUCUGAGUACAAGUGCUGUUACAAUGGUUGCUACAUGACAUGCCAAGCUGCUAUUGAACCAAAAUCUGGCAAGCCUCGACACAAAAAGAGAAUGUGUGAAAAACCCAUGGACCUGGUAUUCAUGAUCGAUUCAUCAGAGAGUGUUGGCCUUGAGAACUUUAACAAAAUAAAAAAGAUGGUGGACAAGACUCUGACGCUUUUCACCAUCUCCGAGAAGAAAACCCACGUCGGCGUCAUCGUGAUUGACAGUGUGCCUCACAUCGAGCUGAAUUUGAACACCCUCACGGGAAACAACUUCACCCAAGAUCACGUGAUGAAAGUUGUUGAUAGUCUCCAGUUCAUCAGCGGACAGACACGUAUCGAUCUCGCUUUGCGCAUGGCACGAAAAGAGGUCUUUUCCAAAUCGGAGAGGAAGGAUGCUGGAAAGCUUCUUCUUGCUUUUACCGACGGAGGACAAACGUGGGAUCGCACCAUGCUCAACCUUCAGAAAGAGGCCCAAAGUCUGAUAAAGACUGGGGUCGAGAUUUUUCCUGUGGCAGUCUGGUCUGAGAUGCUGAAUUUGAAGACUCUAGUUGACAUAACACACGACUCUCGUAACGUAUUCAACACCCAGUUUUUUCCUUAUCUUCUGGAUCUACUCAAGAAAAUGUCAAAACGACCCUGUCCCGGUUCUCUGAAAAAGAAGUUGUUGAGGAAUAUAACCAGGAAGGAAUAAACAACACAACUUAUGUUGUUUUCAGAACGGUUUUCAACUGAGUGUCGUAAAACCAGAUACCAAAGUUAUCACUUCAGCCAAUCAGAAAGGACGCUAGCAAUCCAGUGAACCAGUCAAAACUCAAAGUAAUUACAUAUAGCUGAUGCGAAGCGCGGGAAAACGUGUGCGAGCGAGUCUUGACUAGUCUCAUUGGAUGAAAAAGUGGCGCUAAUUUUUUUUAAGCCACUCGUGUGGCGUAGUGAUGGAAAACCAAUUACUUCUCGACACUCAAAUGAAAACUGCUCUAUUGUUUUAGAAAUAACGAGUUAUUGAGAAAAAAAUAGACAACAAGCAAUCUCUCAAUAGUUAACUUUAAGUUAAAAAUUGUUCCAUUUCCUGGUUACAUUUUAAAGCAAGGCUAGUUCCACGUUGUUAUUGCUUUUUAGCAUUUGAAAAUCCUACUUGGUCAAAAAAAAUUAAAUUUACCGAGUAAAUCAAA